AGCUUCCCUCUAUUUACCUCGAUCACUUCCAUUCUCCUCCCUCUCUCUCUCUACGAUGGAUUGAUCCCCUCAUAGAGAGGGAGGGGGAAGGAAGGAAGAGAAGGGAAAAAUAAAUGGAAAGGGUGUUGGAAAGCUUCUGCGGAGGAGGGAAGGCGUACUGGAAGAGGAGGAGAAACUACUACGAAAGGCUCAAUGGGCCAACCCGGCGCCGGAAACUUGCGGUGGUUCAGCUAGGUCGGCCGGGCGGUUUGAAUAGGAGACGACCGUUUUUGAGGCCAGCCAAGGCAAAUACCAAGCUGCUGUUCUCGCCCAAGAGGUUCCUCAUUAGUAUACGCGACGCCUACAUCAAUUUCAUGGUAAGGCUCGCUAACGGUACCCCUGCAAUUAGUGGUGGGUACGACGGGGUGGUCGACGGAUCAUUUGUUGGGUUUGGAACGGGUCCACUUAAGGAGCAUGAUGAGAAAAUGAUCGCAAAGGUCUACACAAGGGAGCCAUUUACUGGGCAUGAUGAUAAGAUGAUCGCCCAGAUCUGCAGCUCUGAACUUCCGAAGUAUAGGAAAGACAAGUUCUACCCGUCUUUGGUGGUGGGGCAGGGAAGAUUGGUCCCCCGCGAUGCAGCAAGGCUCGGCGACCUGAUUGUUUUUCAACAUUGAUAAAGUUCAGAGCUUGUAAAAAAAAUAAAAAACAGAGUCGGCCUCGAGUUAAAGCUCGAGGUGCGACCGCUUUAGGCCUCUAAAAAAAUUUAAAUUUUAAGAGACCGUCCUAUUUUGAUACCCCUCACAAUAGUCCAAAAAUAAAUGAGCCCAAUCUUUAAUUUUCGCCUUGGGUCCCAAAAGCAGGAUUUGUCCCGAUGAAAUUAAAGGUGAAAGUAACAGAAAGUAAGUUAUCAUAGUAACACGGAAAAAAGUAGCACUCCGAGGGAAUUAAUUAAGAAAUUGCUCUUCUUUCGUCAUUUUUGUUGAUGUACUGUUAUAUGUACAAUGUACUACGUACCUCCGUAAUCUAUGUUUUUGUUGAUGUACUGUUAUCCAUCCACAGUGGUGGUGUUUUGCUUUUGUCAAAAUCCGUAAUUGAUUAGGAGUAUUAAUAACAUCAGCUAGCUUUCCGUAUUUAAA